UAUAUACACACACAUUAAAAAACAAAGCAAUAAACGAUAACCCUGUAGCUCACCUUCUCCAAAUACUCUACUUGACAGCUCUUACACGUACACACAACUCAAGUUUUGCAGCAGAAAUGGAGGAAUUCACUCUCUUCUUCACCAUACUCGUAAUUCUUGUGUUGCUGCUCCUCAUUCAACACAAAAAGAAACAAAGGCAAAACCGGCCUCCAAGCCCUCCUUCACUCCCACUAAUUGGUCAUCUCCACCUACUCAAAGAUCCCAUGACUCAAACCCUACAGUCCCUCUCCGCCAAAUACGGCGACGUUUUAUCCCUCAAGUUCGGCGUCCGCGACGUCCUCGUCAUCACCUCCCCCGCUGCAGUGGAUGAAUGCUUCACCACCAACGACAUCGUUUUCGCCAACCGCCCCUCCACUCUCUCCACCAAGCACUUCAGCUACAACAACACCACCAUCAGCAUCGCCCCCUACGGCGACCACUGGCGCAACCUCCGCCGCCUCGCCGCCCUCGAGAUCUUCUCCCCCGCCCGCAUCGCCGCCUUCACCGCCACCAGGAGGACGGAGCUCUUGCUCCUCAUGAGUGAUCUUGCCCGCAACAGCGGCGGAGGAACGUCCCCGGUGGACUUGAAGUCCAAGUUCAUCGAGCUCGCCUUCAAUGUGUUGUCUAUGACGAUCGCCGGGAAGAGAUACUACGGCGAGAAUGUCGGCGACGCAGAGGAGGCGAGAAGGGUGAGGUUCACAAUGAGGGAGAUGCUCGAGCACAGUGGGAAUACGAAUUUGGCAGACCUUCUGCCGUUUCUGCAAUGGUUUGAUUUCCAAGGGUUGGAGAAGAAGUUCGCCGAUUUGAUGGAGAAGCUUGAUAAGUUUAUGCAGGAGUUGGUCGACGAGCGCCGGGAAUCGGCCUCGUCGCACACCAUGAUCGAUCACUUGCUGUCGCUACAACAAGAGGAGCCCGAGUAUUACACAGAUGAGCUCAUCAAAGGAAUUAUACUGGUGCUGCUAGUAGCAGGCACUGACACAAUGUCGAUAAGCAUGGAGUGGGCAAUGGCACUGCUGCUAAACCACCCGGAAAGCAUGGAGAAGGUAAGAGGUGAGAUAGAGGCGAAUGUGCCACAUGAUCGCCUCCUGGACGAGCAGGAUCUGCCGAAGCUGGGGUACCUGCACAAUGUGAUCACAGAGACUCUACGGCUGUAUCCGCCUGUGCCUUUUCUGGUACCUCACCAGUCCUCUGAGGACUGCAAAGUUGCUGGCUACGACAUAUCAAAGGGGACGAUGCUCCUAGUCAAUUUGUGGGCCAUCCACAGGGAUCCGAGGCUUUGGGAUGAGCCAGAAAAGUUCAAGCCAGAAAGGCACGAGGCGCGUAGAGAGGGGGAGUUCAUGCUCCCGUUUGGAGCUGGGAGGCGUAAGUGCCCGGGUGGAGGUGUCGCCACCAGGGUGCUCGGCUUGGCCCUGGGGACGAUGAUUCAGGCGUUCGACUGGGAGAGAGUGAGCGACGAGAUGGUGGACAUGGCUCAUGGCACAGGGUUUAGUAUACCUAAGGCCAAGCCCCUUGAGGCUCUAUGCAAACCAAGGGAGGAUAUCAUCAAGCUUUUCUGUUAGGCCUUGAAUUUUUUUUAAUCAUCACUUCAUUUCUUUCUUCAUUGGUUGCAAUAAUUAAGCUGUUGUUUUUGGAGACUGGUGUAUGGCUUCAAAUUAUUUGGGUGUUUCACAAAAUAAACUUCUAAACAAUUGUUUGGU